AUGCCGAAGCAAACCAUCAAACCUCUCCUUCUCCACGCCCACGAGGCCGGGCCCAACCCAUUCAAAAUCGCCAUGGCACUCGAAUUCCUCAAGAUCCCAUACGACGUGAAGAUGUGGGAAUUCGGCAAUGACCCCCAUAAAGGAGUCCUCGGCGCCGCUUUUCUCAAGAUCAACGAGAACGGCCGCGUCCCUGCCCUCGAAGACCCAAACACCGGUGUCGUGAGUUGGGAAAGCGGCGCCAUCAUGAAUUACCUCCGUCGCGUGUACGACAAGGACGGACUGUUGGGCCCGAAAAGCAGCAGCGAGCAGGAUAUCGUCGACUUUGAAAAGUGGGAGCAGUUCUUGCUCACGACGUUGGGACCCAUGACGGGCCAAGUGAAUUGGUACCAGAACUACAACACGACGAAGAAUGAGGACGCGCUGAACCGGUACCGGGAGCAGGCUAUUCGCUUUUACGGCACGUUUGAGAAGCAGCUGAGGAGGAGCGGCGGCGAGACGGUUCUGGGAGGAUCCAGGGUCACUUCGGUGGAUCUACAUUUUCAAGCCUGGGUCAAGAAGCAUGAGUUUGCGGGGUUGAGCUUGGAAGACUGCCCUCUCGUCAAACAGUGGCUUGCGAGGAUCAGUUCUUUGCCGCAAGUUCGGGCUGCUUAUAAAAAGCUUGAGGACGCGCCAAGGGCCGGUGAAUGA